AUGGUCCAGUAUAUUCGCUUUUUGCGCACUCCGCAAAGCGAUGUAGGCAAAAAGACUGUCGAUGUCUUAGCAGUAGUUUCCGUCACUACAGAUCUGGGGGACGCAUUCUUCAGUGAGGAUGUCGAACUCGUCGCCAAUGUCGUCGAGGCAAACUCUCCUCAUGGCGUCUUGUACUCUCAGCCCAUUCGGUGGCAGGCUUCGUCCCGAGCCCUUAAGUUUACUGUCCACUGUCCUGGCAAGUAUGUCUCUAGACCUGUGCGGCUCCACGUGACUGCCAAAGAAGCCGACUCUGCCUAUCAAUCGUUGGAGAUCCCAAAGAUUCUCGAUGUUUGGAGUUGUAUCUUCCCCUUGUCUAAUAAACAGCGGACGGACCCGAUUGUUGAGCGACGAAUUGCCUUGUCGAACAAGAGCGUCGUGAAAAUGUGGGAGGAGACUGGUGACAGUAUUGCACGGCAUAUCUGGGACGCGGGUCUGGGGUUUCUCGUCUACUUCGCACAAGCGCUGUCCACGUCCCCUGUUGAUGGAAUGUCCAUGUUAGCGGCCCUAUUCAAGUCGAGCAAGGUAAGGCGACUUAGGGUGCUGGAGCUCGGUGCGGGCUGUGGCAUAGUAGGAAUUGCUUUGGCCCAGCUUGUCAAAUGCGACAUUCUCCUUACCGACCUGGAGGACGCUCAGGAAAUCUUGGCGCGCAAUAUCCGAUGCGCUUCGCCUGUGGCAGGAUCUACAGUUCGGUCGGAAGUGUUGGAUUGGGCUUCGAGCCUGGAUGAUAGCUCCAAUGCCAAUUACGAUCUCAUUUUGGUUUCCGAUUGCAUCUACAAUCCAGACAGCAGUCUGCAUCUGGUAGAGACCCUGAGGCAGCUGGCCACUCGUACGCCCGAAACGCUCAUUUUGGUUGGAUACAAAAGACGACACACAGAGGACGAUUUGUUCUUCGCACGGAUGCGCAAGGCAAACUUCGACACAGUCGAGACCCUCAAUAUUCCACUUCCCCAUAUUGACACCGAUCAAGAUGUGGAUGUCCCAACCGCCGAGUUUUUCGCCUAUAGGAUUCGUUUAUCCCCGGAGAAUCAGCGAUGA